UCCAUCGUCAAAGCAAUUAGCUUGGAGAUCUAUAGCAAAAUGAAACUUUUCUUAGCGUGCAUCUUUAUUGCCGCCGCGACGGCUGCAGUGAUUCCUGUCGAACAAGCCAGGCACCGUCGUGACGUCUCCGAGAUCGUGAAUGAGUACAUCCCGCCGGCGGAGGAAGUUGGUGCCGAGCUGGCCCAAGACCCCGCCGCCCUGGGAGAUGAUGGAUACCGCUACAAGACCGUGCGCCGCCUGAAGCUCCGUCAUCGCCGCGACGUUUCCGAGAUCGCCAAUGAGUACCUGCCCCCCACCGAGGAUGUUGCCACCGAAGCCCCCAUUGAGGAGGCCCCAGUCGAGGAAGCUUCUCAGGAUUCCGCUGUCCUUGCCGCCGAUGGAUACCAAUACAAGACUGUCCGCCGCUUGAAGUACCGUCAGCGUCGUGAUGUUUCUGAGAUCGCCAAUGAGUACCUCCCUCCCACUGAGGAAGUUGUUGCCGAUGCCCCUGUGGAGGAGGUUCCCAUUGAGGAAGCUAGCCAGGAUUCCGCUGUCCUUUCCACUGAUGGAUACAAAUACAAGACCGUGCGCCGCCUCAAGUACCGUCAACGUCGUGAUGUUUCCGAGAUCGCCAACGAGUACCUGCCUCCUACUGAGGAAGUCGCCACCGAAGCCCCCAUUGAAGAAGCUCCAGUCGAGGCUGCUUCUCAGGAUUCCGCUGUCCUUGCCGCCGAUGGAUACCAAUACAAGACUGUCCGUCGCCUGAAAUACCGCCAGCGUCGUGAUGUCUCCGAGAUCGCUAAUGAGUACUUGCCCCCCGCUGAGGAGGUUGUCGCCGAUGCUCCAGUUGAGGAGGUUCCCAUUGAAGAAGCUAUCCAGGAUUCCGCUGUCCUUUCCGCUGAUGGAUACAAGUAUAAGACCGUGCGCCGCCUGAAGUACCGCCAGCGCCGCGAUGUCUCCGAGAUCGCCAACGAAUACCUGCCCCCCACUGAGGAGGUGGUUGCCGAUGCCCCUGUGGAGGAGGUUCCCAUUGAGGAAGCAAGCCAGGAUUCCGCUGUCCUUUCGGCUGAUGGAUACAAGUAUAAGACCGUCCGCCGACUGAAGUACCGCCAACGCCGUGAUGUUUCCGAGAUCGCCAACGAGUACCUGCCUCCUACUGAGGAAGUCGCCACCGAAGCCCCCAUUGAGGAAGCUCCAGUCGAGGCUGCUUCUCAGGAUUCCGCUGUCCUUGCCGCCGAUGGAUACCAAUACAAGACUGUCCGCCGCCUGAAAUACCGCCAGCGUCGUGAUGUUUCCGAGAUCGCCAAUGAGUACUUGCCCCCCGCUGAGGAGGUUGUCGCCGAUGCUCCGGUUGAGGAGGUUCCCAUUGAGGAAGCUAGCCAGGAUUCCGCUGUCCUUUCCGCUGAUGGAUACAAGUAUAAGACCGUGCGCCGCCUGAAGUACCGCCAGCGCCGCGAUGUCUCCGAGAUCGCCAACGAAUACCUGCCCCCCACUGAGGAGGUGGUUGCCGAUGCCCCUGUGGAGGAGGUUCCUAUUGAGGAAGCUAGCCAGGAUUCCGCUGUCCUUUCUGCUGAUGGAUACAAAUACAAGACCGUGCGCCGCCUCAAGUACCGUCAACGUCGUGAUGUUUCCGAGAUCGCCAACGAGUACCUGCCUCCUACUGAGGAAGUCGCCACCGAAGCCCCCAUUGAGGAAGCUCCAGUCGAGGCUGCUUCUCAGGAUUCCGCUGUCCUUGCCGCCGAUGGAUACCAAUACAAGACUGUCCGCCGCCUGAAAUACCGCCAGCGUCGUGAUGUUUCCGAGAUCGCCAAUGAGUACUUGCCCCCCGCUGAGGAGGUUGUCGCCGAUGCUCCGGUUGAGGAGGUUCCCAUUGAGGAAGCUAGCCAGGAUUCCGCUGUCCUUUCCGCUGAUGGAUACAAGUAUAAGACCGUGCGCCGCCUGAAGUACCGCCAGCGCCGCGAUGGCUCCGAGAUCGCCAACGAAUACCUGCCCCCCACUGAGGAGGUGGUUGCUGAUGCCCCAGUUGAGGAGGUUCCCAUUGAGGAAGCCAGCCAAGAUUCCGCUGUUCUAUCUGCUGAUGGAUACAAGUACAAGACUGUCCGUCGCUUGAAGUACCGUCACCGUCGGGAUGUUUCUGAGAUCGCCAACGAGUACCUGCCUCCUACUGAGGAAGUCGCCACCGAAGCCCCCAUUGAGGAAGCCCCAGUCGAGGCUGCUUCUCAGGAUUCCGCUGUCCUUGCCGCCGAUGGAUACCAAUACAAGACUGUCCGCCGCUUGAAGUACCGUCAGCGCCGGGAUGUUUCCGAGAUCGCCAACGAGUACCUGCCCCCUUCCGAGGAGGUCGUCACCGAGGCUCCUCUGGAGGAGGCUCCUGUUGAGGAAGCUUCUCAGGAUUCCGCCGUCCUGGCUGCCGAUGGAUACCAGUACAAGACCGUGCGUCGCCUGAAGUACCGCCAGCGCCGCGAUGUGUCCGAGAUUGCCGGCGACUACCUGCCCCCCGCCGAGGAGGAGGUGGUGGCCGAUGCGCCCGUCGAGGAAGUGUCCCAGGACUCCGCCAUCCUUGGGGACGAGGGCUACCAGUACAAGACCGUGCGCCGCCUGAAGCUGCGUCAUCGCCGAGCCCUGUAAGAAAGGACUAGCGCAAAAUACCUAUACCUGUACCUGAACCGCUCGUUCACGACUCGAACCACUCACCCCCACCAAGCACUAUUAGGCCGUAAGUUUUGCUAUUAUUUAACGAUCGAAAUCAACGAAUAAAUCCAACAA